GCGGCCCCGUCCCCCUGCGGCUGGAGGCUGCGCCCGGGCCCGCGCCGCACUGGCUGGCCGUGUUGAUGGUGCUGCUGCCGGACGACGAGGAGGACGAGGACGGGGACGGGGAAGACGAGGAGAGCGGCCAGGCCGGCCGUCGGAGGCGGCGGCGGCGGCGGCGGUGGCGGCGAUCAGCGGGCGCUCCGGCUGCCGGGCUGCUCCCCGGGGACCCGCGGCGGAGGCUGCUGCUGCUGCUGCUGCCGGCGAAUGGGGCCGGAGGCGGCGGGGGAAGCGGCGGCGGCGGCGGCGGCGGCCCGCGCUCCGACCUGCCCGUGGCCCCGGAGAGUCUGGCCAGAGGCGGGCUGACCAUGAAGGAAGAGCCUUUGACCGGAGGACUGUCAGCUGUCCGGUCUUGGAUGCAGACCACUGGCGUUCUGGAUGCCCACACGGCUCUGCAAAGUGGCAUCGGACUGGCUCGGGCCCAUUUUGAAAAGCAGCCACCCUCCAACCUCAGGAAAUCCAACUUUUUCCACUUCGUGCUUGCCAUGUAUGACCGUCACGGACAGCCCGUGGAGAUCGAGAGGACGUCCUUCAUUGACUUUGUGGAGAAGGACAGAGAGCAGAACGGGGAGAAAACCAACAACGGCAUCCACUACCGGCUGCAGCUGCUGUACAGCAACGGUCUUCGAACUGAGCAAGAUCUCUACGUACGACUCAUUGACUCCAUGUCCAAGCAGGCCAUCAUCUAUGAAGGUCAGGAUAAGAACCCCGAGAUGUGCCGUGUGUUAUUAACUCACGAGAUCAUGUGCAGCCGCUGCUGUGACAAGAAGAGCUGUGGGAACCGCAACGAGACACCCUCCGAUCCCGUCAUCAUCGACAGAUUUUUUCUCAAGUUCUUCCUCAAAUGCAAUCAGAACUGCUUGAAGAAUGCUGGCAAUCCCCGAGAUAUGCGCCGGUUCCAGGUUGUGGUGUCAACAACAGUGAAUGUAGAUGGCCACGUCCUUGCAGUUUCCGACAACAUGUUUGUCCACAACAAUUCCAAACAUGGACGCCGAGCACGGAGGUUGGAUCCCUCAGAAGCAGCCACCCCCUGCAUCAAAGCCAUCAGCCCCAGCGAAGGCUGGACGACGGGCGGGGCUACCGUCAUCGUGAUCGGAGACAACUUCUUUGACGGGCUUCAGGUGGUCUUUGGCACCAUGCUGGUGUGGAGUGAGCUCAUCACGCCACACGCCAUCCGUGUCCAGACGCCGCCACGGCACAUCCCCGGGGUGGUGGAGGUGACGCUCUCCUACAAGUCGAAGCAGUUUUGCAAGGGAGCACCCGGGCGUUUUGUCUACACUGCCCUGAACGAGCCAACAAUCGAUUAUGGGUUUCAGCGUUUGCAGAAGGUGAUCCCGCGGCAUCCCGGCGACCCUGAACGCUUGCCCAAGGAGGUGCUGCUGAAGAGAGCAGCGGAUCUGGUGGAAGCUUUGUAUGGGAUGCCACACAAUAACCAGGACAUCAUCUUGAAACGGGCAGCGGAUAUUGCCGAGGCCUUGUACAGCGUCCCGCGCAACCCUAACCAGCUGACGUCCCUGGCCGGGAAUCACGGCCACUCGGGCAUGAUGGGCGUCAACUCCUUCGGGAGCCAGCUGGCCGUCAACAUUGGCGAGUCCACUCAGGGCUCAGAGCAAGGCUACCCACGCAGUGCAAGCAGCGUCUCGCCACGGGGCUAUGUGCCCAGCUCCACCCCACAGCAGAGUAACUACAACACAAUCACGUCCAGCAUGAACGGUUACGCAGGGGCCACCAUGACCGGUCUUGGGGUGCCAGGGUCGCCCAGUUUUCUCAACGGCUCCACUGCCAACUCCCCCUAUGCCAUCAUGCCGUCCAGCCCGCCACUGGGGGCCUCUUCCACCCCAGCCGGCGUCUUCUCUUUCUCCCCCGUCAACAUGAUCUCAGCGGUCAAGCAGAAAAGCGCCUUUGCGCCCGUCGUCCGGCCACAGGCCUCCCCGCCCCCUACUUGCACCAGCGCGAACGGGAGCGGCCUGCAAGGCCUGUCAGGGCUAAUUGUACCGCCCAUGUGAAUUGGUGAUGGGAGGACGCCUUCCCAAAAGACAAAGCAACUGACUGGCACUUGGAAUUCGAGACGCUGAAAAGGAUGCGUGGGCCUGGCGUGCAAGAUCCAGGUUCCGAAUUCUCCUCAUCCCUGGUGACCUCCAACCUGGUUGGACCCAUCCCAUGAGUUCCCCCUCUUCGGCGCAGGCUGCAUCGAGGCUGAAGGAGGCUGAUGGUCUACAACGGCCUGGAGAUCUACAACUCUGGAUUGGGGUGGGGGCUUCUUCCUUAAAGAGGAGGAGAAGACCAGGGAGGAGGUCUUGGAAGGGCCAGGAGCACUGCCAUCUUCCCUCAAAGGGUCCUUUGGCCAUCCCGUCCCACUUGCAUUCAAGAAUCACAACCAACGGAAGGAGACCCUCACCUGGCAGGGUCCCUCACUCAGGUAGACUUGCUCGUAGCCAAGAGGGGCCAUUCCUUUCACAGCAUGUUUGCUUUUCUAAAGAGCUCGGGGCUCCCCCACCCCCAAGGAAAAGAUCUCCCCUGCAAACCGGGCUCCAAGCGU